GACGGCUCUAAAUUGGCUGGAGGGGCCCGUCGGCGGCGAAGUUACUAGCUGGGGGCACAGAAGGCCACGCGGUUGCAGGAGUAAGAGAUCCCCUGUGGCGAAUUGGCCAACGGCUCGUUUCAACCCUGCCUCGUUGGUGGCCACUGGAGAAGCGCGGGGGGCUCCCCAGACAGCCGUGGGGACAAGUUAGAGCCAGCACUUUACCCUGGGCCUCGCGUGUAGCUUCCCCUCCCCUGCUCUAGGUGCCCGGUGUCUGGAGGGGGGUGCGGGUGCGGGGGUGUGCCCUCCGUACAUGUCCCACCACCCGGCCAACCCUCUGGGUUUGUGUGCCAUCUCGCUCUUGCUUCCUGCACGGUGGUCGAGGGGAACCACUUUGCAUCAUGUCCCGGUAUAGCUACCAAAGUCUCCUGGACUGGCUCUAUGGGGGCGUGGACCCCAGCUUUGCAGGCAAUGGGGGCCCCGACUGUGCUGCCUUCCUUUCUUGGCAGCAGCGGCUGCUGGAAAGUGUGGUGGUCCUGACCCUGGCUCUGUUGGAGAUCCUGGUGGCCCUGCGGCACAUCCUGAGGCAGACGAAGGAGGACGGUAGGGGUGGCCGUGGCUGCCAGCCAGAGCAGGUGACCCAGCGGCCAGAGGAAGGCAAGGAGAGCCUGAGCAAGAAUCUGCUCUUAGUAGCCCUGUGCCUGACCUUCGGGGUGGAGGUGGGCUUUAAGUUCGCCACCAAGACCGUCAUCUACCUGCUCAACCCCUGUCACCUGGUCACCAUGAUGCAUAUCUUUCUCCUGGCCUGCCCUCCAUGUCCUGGAGCUAUCGUCGUCUUCAAGCUGCAGAUGCACAUGUUGAAUGGAGCUCUUCUGGCCCUGCUGUUUCCUGUGGUAAAUACCCGGCUGCUCCCCUUUGAAUUGGAGAUUUACUACAUUCAGCAUGUUAUGCUCUACGUGGUGCCCAUCUACCUGCUAUGGAAAGGAGGUGCUUACACCCCAGAGCCCCUCAGCAGUUUCCAGUGGGCCCUUCUCUCAACUGGCCUCAUGUUCUUUUAUCACUUCAGCAUCUUGCAGAUCCUGGGCCUGGUCACCGAAGUGAAUUUGAACAACAUGCUGUGUCCGGCCAUCUCAGACCCAUUCUACGGCCCCUGGUAUCGCAUCUGGGCCUCGGGACACCAGACUCUCAUGACCAUGACCCACGGGAAGCUGGUCAUCCUGUUCUCAUACAUGGCUGGGCCCUUGUGUAAAUAUCUGCUGGAUUUGCUCCGGCUUCCAGCCAAGAAAAUAGACUGAAGGUGCUUGUGUUUUUUUUUUUUUUUUUUUUCUCCCUGAGGAAACAAGUCCUGACUUGACUUGGAGAACACCCAGUUCUUGAUGAAAUCAUGAGAGAGGGCAAUAGGAUGUUUGAUGUAUUUCAUUUUUCCUCUUCUCUGUCCCUUUCUUCCACCACUCUUCCUUCCCCAGCUCUUCCCCCCAGGAUGUCUCUUGGAGCCUGGGGUGUAGUGCUGAGGGCUGGAUUCUUCCUCCUCCCCUUUGGCUCCUUCUCCCUGCUCCUAGUGGCCUUACAUGGGGAGAUGGUACUCAGUGGCUUUCACUCUGCUUGUUGGUGCUUUAACAACAGCUGGUUGAGGAGAAAGGGAACAACAAGCAGUAGUUCUUUUGGCAUCGAAGUGUUGAGAUUGGGUUGUGUUUCAUUUCUCUACUGCCAGGGACCUCCAGGCUUAUUGCUAGGUCCCCUCUUGUCUCCAGCACAGCCCCCACUGUAAGGGGACUGAGGCCUUGUUUCUAUACCAGCGGCAAGCCUAGAGCCAAGGGAUUUCCCAGCUCAUGGCCAAAAUAGAACUGGCCAGAUUCUUCCCACUGGUGUCCCAUGACUCAAAGCAAGCAGCCAACCAGCCACUCCCUCCAGGAUGCUGCCUGCGGUGGGAGGUGGGGACACUACCCGGCCCUAGGGCUAGAUUCCAAUGAGGGGAUGGAGAGCUGUUGCAGUGGCAAUUCCGAAGUGAACAAGGUUCAAAUACCCACAACUAAUACUAGGCAGGACCCUGGGUAAAUUCUGCCUAUGAGAGCUGAGAAUGGACCCAUAUCCCAAUCAGAAGUGAGCAUAGAAAUUAAUCAACAGAAGUGGUAACUUCAAAACUGUGAUUUGAAUCAUAUGCUCCAUUUGAGUUUAAUGUUGAUAAUAGAUGCCAUUUUAAUCUUGAGUGCCCCUUAGAUGUUCUCUCUCUCUCUCUUAUUUAAAGGCAGCUUCAGGGAAAGAUGAGCUGGAGUUGGAUUUUUUGCUUUUUGGUUUUUGUUUGUUUGCUCAUUUGUUUUUGAGUUUGGAGAAUCCUUGCAUCAGGUCAUGUCUCUGGAGGGGCUUCUGUCAAUCCAUUUUGUGGGUUUCCAGGAUAUGUCAGCAUCCUGGGUUUGGGAAGAUACAGAUCCUUCCAGUGUUGUUUCCCUAGGGCCAGAUGUCAUUAGUGCAGCCGGACUCAAUGCUUACUUGUUUAAUGUGGGGGGCAUCACAGGCUCUCUGCCCUGCCCACCCACAAAGCCCAUGUCUAGUUUGAAAGGGAGGUACCAAGGAAUCAGGUCCCCAUGGGUGGAGGUUCAAGUGCUCCAAAAGGAAGACCUUUUGUUGAAAGACUUGAGCUCACUCAUGCAUGGACCUCAAAAAGGGAAGCAGUGGCUGAGCAUUUGCUGACUCCUUGUUGGCUCUUAGUAAAAACAGAUUUGCUUAAGAACAGAAAAGAUGGUUCAGUGACUUCCUGAGAUGGGCCUCCCCUCUCCCACUCUAGGCAACCCAGUUGCCCUGUGCCAGUUCCAGUAUUUCAGGUUUUACUGUAUUAGACCUAGAUCGAGCUUCAGUGCCUCAGUGGUCACAAUUUUAGCAAAUGGACAUACAGGAAGCAGCAGAAUGCAGGAGAGUCUCUCAGAGCAAGGUGACGCCCAGGGAAGCCAGCAUGAGAGCCCUUUUGUAGAGGCCUGUUGGCAAUGAGGUGAUAAAUCCCCAGGGCAUGGGGGAGCAAGAGGGAGAACACCGAGUGCUCUUACUUCUCAUGAGCUCCUCGUGGCAUGUAACCUUCAUUGUCUGCCCUCUUUGAGAGCUUGGCCAAGUUUUUCUUAGUGCCUCUCACCCUAGGGUUGCCUUCCAGAAGAGGCACCUCUUGAGUGGCUGGAUUCGCCCUGCCCACCAUCAUGCUGCUGCGUGUAGGAAUGGCUGAUGAGGAAAUAUGAGGCCUCAAUGCCCCUUGUCCUCUUUACAAAAGGAAAGGUUGGAAGGAGGUCAUGAGAGGAGGGGCCUGUCCUGUCCCCUGCCAGAAUAUGGAGUCUCUGUAGGCAGAUGAUCUGUACCUCAGCUGGGGGCCCGCAGCCUGGGUGGGGCAGAUGCUCAGCUUUGGAGUGACACAGUGACACAGUGACUUUGCAGGCUCUCUCUUCCUCCCUGUCUCUGUGGCAUGGCCAUUGCCAGUCGGCCCAAGUUUUCCUCACAUUGGCAUGCCUCUAAAAGCUUGCCUUUGCCCUGGCAACAGCUCAGCGUCCCAUUCUGGCUGGCACUUUCUGCUGCUUGGAAGGAAAGAAGAAAGUGAAAGCGAUGUGCCUGGCCCUGGGCAGGCCAGAGACAGAUACACCUGUCAGGGGAAGGGGGAAGUGAGGGGGGAUGCAGGGUUUCUGGGGGCCAAGUUGGCUCAGAAACAUUGGUGGAAGGAACAGAGUGAGCCCAGUCCCCAGGAUCUAUGGGGAGUCAUGGCCUGUGUUUGAGGUAUUGGGGAGCAGCAGGCAUCUGAAGUGGUCUGUACCUCACUCUUACCUUGGGCCAAGCCCAUGUAGAGAGGUGACCUGGCCAGACCCACAGCAGCCUGCCUUGGAGGGUGGCCCCUGUACCAGUAGGCCCAGGCUUACCAGCUCCUCCCCCAGGGCUUUCCUGUCAGUGCCACUGAGGUUCCCCAACCACCUUGGCCAAGUUUCCAUAUGCCAUUUGCCAGCGUGUGGGAGCUCAGUGUGUGUCUGAGAGAGUGUUUGUAGAAGUGGACAGUUUCUUUUAAAACAGCUUGAGGAAGGGAAAGGAGUGUUCCCUCAAGUCCCCGGGUAGCCUUUGCCGAGGAUCUGGGCCCAUGAGAAUAGUCUGUUCAGCUGGCCAACUUGUAGAGAGAUGGUCAUGCCUGCUUGCAAUGCCUCUCUGCCCCCAGUGUUUGGUUCUGUACACCAAAGAUGAUCUGGCCCAUCUUUUUCCUGGAGGCCCUGUGACGUGUUCCUCUAUCAGCUUGCGAGGAAGCCACGGACUCAGUCUCCCCAAGACAAUAUUCUCUUUCUCCUCGAACUUGUUAGCAUUCACAGAAGCUGCUUGCAGGGUGGUUGGGAUAAGGGGAGUGCUCAGCGCACUUAACCGUCCAGUACCUCAAGUCUAGCUAUCAGAUCAUCCCUUUUGCCACAACCUCCAUCAGGGUUUUGCUAUUUGUGCUUGUUGAGAAUUCAGUGUUUCGUGGAGUGGGCACAGCUCCUCACAGAUAGCGAGUUGUCAGCAGGCCUCCGUGCACUGGUGUUGGGCCUGGGCAGCACCCUGGGAGUGAGGUGGGCAGCUCUGGCUGGCAGAAGGCUCUUCCUCCCCCUCCCUUGGCCAGAAAGACUUCUCUGGAUUUGUAGACGUUGAUCCAGAGUCAUCUGUCCUCUUCAGAAGACUGAAAGGGAGGUGGGGGAGGAGAAAGAAGAGCCAUGCGUGACACUGCAGGACAAGACGCUGGGGCUGGUUUUGAUGAAUCAGGAGCAGGCAUAAGGGAGGGUGUCCGCAGUCCUUCGCACACUCCUUGGCAGGGCCCCAGACUGGGAAGGGGCCUCCCACUGCACGCCCUGCCCUGGCCUGCCCCCUCAGAGGUGGGCAGAGUCCCCGAGAGGGAGUGAGCCUUCCUCUUCUGUAUAUAGAGUGAGCCAAUUCGUGAUCAGGAAAACCCAGUCGCUUGUUGUUGCUCUUGUCUGUGACAUUUUUGUACACUGGUUUGCUACUUGUGGCACGAAACAAACAAGACAAGUCAUUUCAAGCAAAGCUGUUGUUUUGGAAACUUGCUUUCUUUCGGUGUCAGUUUUGUAUUAUAUUUUAAAGAAUUCUUCAUUUAUAGUGGUGUUAUUAUGGUGGAGAGAAUAAAUAGUCUCAUCUGUAAUUACUUCUGUCAGGAAAUCGACAAAUGCCUUUGUCCCUCUUUCCCCCACCCCACAUCCUUCCUCAUUCCCAAGGUGGGGUUGCUAUGCACUGGGCAGACCCUCCCUGUCAGGCCCCCCCAACGGUGGCUCCCUUUAGAACCAGCCUUUGUAAUCCCCCUAAACAGCAGCGGGGUGAGUGUUUUUGCCAAGCUGGUUCUUGGGUGCUCUGUGCCCCCACCAGUUUGCUCAUUUCUUGGAGCAUUUUGUAACAUGUUUUCUCUGUUUUGUAAAACCUUUUGAUUGUACUGAAAUGAUUUCUGCAGUUACCUUUGGAAAUAAACUGUCAAUAAUUUGUGUACUUAGCAUUCUGAAUUUUAGCCAUAGGUGUCUCUGUUGUUGGAAAUCCCUGAAUGAAAAGGAACCCUCACCAUGGGACUUACUGUUAAAAUGUUUUCUUCAUUUACUGUUAUUAAAAGAUUUAUGAGAA